AUGAUAUGCCGAAAUUGCCUCCGGGCAGCCUCUAGGACUCAAAUUUCUUCGCCGUCACUACGACAAUCGCAACGCUUCCUCACCACCUCCCCUGCCUUCCGGAACGCAACACCCAUCUCCGCGACCACCGCAACCCAAACCGCGCCUCGACAAGGAGACUCCACAUCUUCGCACACGCCACCUACCGCAACAUCAACUUCCGCUGCGCAGCCUCUAAGCGAACCUCUCACUCCGGCUGCAUCACCAGACUUGAAAGCGCAAGCCGCCAAAGCUGCGGAAAAGAAAGCGACGCCACUAGUCAAGAGUUCGAUACCGGCAGGACAGCCGCUAAAAGGGCUGAACUUUUUGAAGAAUGCGCAGGAUCCUGUUGCGCUGCCGGACGAUGAGUAUCCACAGUGGCUGUGGACGAUAUUAGAUCGGCAGGAGCAAAAGGCAGACGCAGGAGCGGGAGAUUUAUUCUCCAAGUCAAAGAAACAGCGCCGUCUGGCCGCCAAACGGCUCCGCAAGGAACAAGCCAUGAACCCCGAGAUGCUCAUUCCUAAAGUCCCCAUCUACGAGCAGACGAUAGAUUUACCGGUCGGAGACGGAUCACUAGACAGCGCGGCGAAGGCGGCGGAUGCGCGAGACGAGUUGACUAAAGCGAUGAGGAAUAAGAGACGGGCAACGAUCAAGGAGGCGAAUUUCUUGAAGGCCAUGGGCUAG